AAAUUUUAAUCAUCAAACCAUCGUGUAUUUUGGGUGGGGACGCUUUUCCCAAUAUUUUGUUUGUUAGAAAUUAAACUGCAUUUAUAGAUUCGUACAAAAGUUUCUUAUUAUUGAAUAUAGUACAAUGAGUAAUUUCCAAUCAGUAAUUUAUGUUGGCAUAUUUCUAUGUUGCCUAGUACAACUGGGCUUUGCUAUUAAGUGCUGGGACUGCCGCUCAGACAACGAUCCAAAAUGUGGAAAUCCAUUCGACAAUAGUUCACUGGUUAUUACUGAUUGUGCACAGGAGCCUGAAUUGGAACACUUACCUGGUGUACGACCGACAAUGUGUCGCAAAAUUCGGCAAAAAAUGCACGGCGAAUGGCGCUAUUUCCGUAGCUGUGCUUACAUGGGAGAACCUGGCAUUGAAGGUGAUGAGCGUUAUUGUCUGAUGCGCACAGGAAGCUACAAUAUUUUUAUGGAAUACUGCACAUGCAAUAGUAAAGAUGGUUGUAAUGUUGCCAGUCUACUUAGUGGGAACAAAAUUGCAAUAACGCUCAGUACAAUAAUAGUCGGUGCAAUUGCUUGGACAUUACGCCUUUAAAAAAAUGUGACUACAUUCCAUAUCAUUUAUAACUAAAAUGUGCCUUUUAUAAGUGAUUUACUAAUCGAAUAUGCAUACUUGUAUGUAACUUAGUACAAUUAAGUAUUGUUAAGACAAAUACUUAACAUUUUAAACAUGUCCGUCCAAAACGAUAUAUACUUAGAUUAACUUAAAAAAAUAAUAAACACAAAAGACUAAGAAAACGACAUUCUUACUUUGCCGAGUUCGUAUAUGAAACCAUUUGGCAUUCCAAAAAACAUUUAUUGUAAUCAAUAAAACCAAAGUCAAUUUAUUUAUAUUGACAAAAUGAAAUUAACAA